AGGCUCUCCCCAACCCUCCAGGAACAGGCGGUGCAGCCGGGGUGACUCAGGCCUCUUUCCCUGGAGCAGAGCUCUGCAAGAUGGGGGUGGUUCGGAAGGUCCCAGCCCCUGUCUUUGGCUCCAGCAGCAGGAAGGCGACGGGAGAAGAGAAUCUCUGCAAGGUGCCUCGCCUUUUGGAAGCACACAAAGCCCAGGAGCCCUUGCCAAGGGGGCCGCCCUCUUGGGCCUCCUUGGCGCUUGGCGGUUCCUUCUCCUUGCCAGCCUCCGGGUCUGACUGGGAGGAAAGGCGUUUGGAGCAGCAACUGCUGGGCAUCAGGCAGAGGCAGCCCAGAGGGAAGAGCGGCCCCUCAGCAGCCGCCCACAAGAAAGGGAGCCAAGCUGCAAAACGAAGGGGCGGGGGGAGGGAACGCACGCCCCUGGGCACCCGCCUCUCACCAUGGGGCCACAAGCGGCAGCAGGAGUCCCCACCAGAGGCCGCUCAUCCUGGCAACCAUCACUGCAUCUUGAGGGAGCGCAGAGAAUCUCGUCUCCACACCCCAUCUGGCUCCCCAACUGCGGCAACCUUUCUUCACGGGGAGCUACACCAACCCCAGGACCCCCCAUGCUGCCACUUCCAGAACCUUUUCCAGCUCCACAACAUCCUUCCUGAGGUGCUCUUCACAGCUCAGAGCCCUUGCGUUUGACGUUUGCUCCAAUUCAGCAGCGGAUUGCACCAGAGGGGACGUGGAGGGGCAAAUGGAAGUGUGGGUAAGCCCCAAGUGAGAGAUCCUGGUCAGGGACCAACAACCAAGCACCUCAAAGGCUGUCGCUUCCUGCUGCAAGCCUUCCAGAGGGUUUUCCUGCAAGGGACAGGCAGGAGGCCCACGGACCCGACCGCAGCUGCAGCCGUUUCGCUGUGGCAGAAAUAAAAAUUGGGCAGCCAAGUACAUAAUUCCUGCUCAACAGCGUCAGCAAGAUGGCCCUCUCCAAAAGGCAUGGUGAAAAGCCUUUGGGUGCUUAUUAUUCCAUCUCGAGAAAGCCACCCUGCCUGCAUUUUUAAGAAUAAGCCAGCACCGAACGCCUGAAAGCAAAUCUUUGGAGUUUCCAGUGAAGGAAAAACAAAGGAGGCCUGCUUCAGAGAAAGGAAGUCUGGCUUCAAAAGCCACAACAUCUUUUACUCUAAUUAACAUCUUUCUUCCUGGUUGCCUCCUUGCAAGGAGUGAUUAAAGAUUUCUUCUUGUCCUAAGAUCAGUUGCAGCCAGCAAUAUUUCAUUCACAUCCUGUGAGGAUCA